AAUUAUACUAUACAAAUUGUUUUACAAGUUUUUACAUACUCAAAAUGGUAGAAGAAACAGAAAAAUUUAUUUUAGACUCAAUUAAAGAUUAUUUGGAGAACGGUGACACUUUGCGAUCAUUAAGAGGUCAAACUAGGGCUGCAGUUACGUCAAUUUUGAGUAAGAACUCAAAAAGUUUUGUUCCUCCUGAAGCACCAGAUGAAGUCAAGUUAAUCAAUGAAUUAAUUCGUGAGUACCUUGCCUGGAACGGGUACAACAACUCUGAAAAAGUAUUAUCUGAUGAAGCGGGACAAAGCACUGAAAGACUUGGCAGAGAUCUUCUUUCAUCGAAGCUUAAUGUCAUGGAUGACGGGAGAACAGUGAAAAUUCCUCUGAUGUAUUAUAUUGUUUCUGCUUUUCAAAAAACUGGUGACAAGAAUCCAAAUAAGAAAUAAAUCAUGAAAUAAUCAAAAUAAUAAUAAUGAACUAGUUUUCCAUCUGUCAUAAGAUGUCAUAUCCAAUAUAUUAUACAUAUCCAGAAUACUACCAAAAUAAAUACAUAUAUUCUCGA